AGGCCGAGCUGCGCGAGCAGGUUAUUGGCCAGGACGAGGCGGUCCGCUGCGCCGCGCGGGCGCUGCGGCGGGCCCGGGCGGGGCUCCGGGAUCCCGACCGGCCCAUCGCGGGGCUGAUGUUCUGCGGCCCGACCGGCGUGGGGAAGACCGCCCUCUGCAAGACCCUGGCGUCCAGCUAUCGGCAUAAGGCCAUGAUCAGGCUCGACAUGAGCGAGUUCAUGGAGAAGCACACCGUGUCCAAGCUGAUCGGGGCCCCCCCAGGGUACGUCGGUUAUUCAGAGGGAGGCGCGCUGACGGAGGCCAUCAGGCAGAAGCCUUAUUCCCUGGUGCUCUUCGACGAGGUGGAGAAGGCGCACCCCGAUGUCUUCAACAUGAUGCUGCAGAUGCUGGACGACGGCCGCCUCACGGACUCCAAGGGCCGGACGGUGUCCUUCGCCAACGCGCUCAUAGUGAUGACCUCCAACAUCGGCAGCAGGCAGGUCGAGCGCGGCGUCACCGGCGGCGGGGCCCUGGGCUUCGACGCCCCCGCCGGCGAGGGCACCGAGG